AUGAUCAAAGAAGGCUUCUUCCUUUUAUACACAGAUUAUGUAUCUUGGAUUGAAGAAAUGACCAAGUUGAAUGAAACCAAAGGAAGUCAGGUGACUGAAUUCAUUCUCUUGAGCAUCACAAACAUUCCUGAGCUGAAGGGUCCCCUCUUUGUUGUCUUUUUACUCAACUACAUGGCCACAGUUGUGGGGAAUCUGGGUCUGAUCAUCUUAACCAGUGUUGAUUCCCACCUGCAAACCCCAAUGUACUUUUUUCUCAGGCAUCUGGCAUAUGUUGAUCUAGGCUAUUCCACAGCCAUUGGUCCAAAAAUGCUAGCCAGUUUCAUAGUAGAGAAAAAUACUAUUUCCUUCAAUGAAUGUGCAACACAGUUCAGUUUCUAUGUGGUAUUUAUCACCAGUGAAUUUUUUAUCCUGUCAGCCAUGGCCUAUGAUCGCUAUGUGGCUAUAUGUAAGCCCCUUGUCUAUAUCGUCAUCAUGUCAAGCAGAGUAUGUUGGAUCCUGGUGGUUAUUUCUUACCUCUAUAGCAUCAUGGUAUCCUUACUAGUAACAAUUAAGAUAUUUAAUUCAUCAUUCUGUGCAUCCAAUGUAAUGAGACAGUUCUUCUGUGAUAGUGUUCCUCCUUUGUACAUUAUUUGUUCAGAUAUAAGAGAGACUAAGCUAAUCAUUAAGUUAUUUGGAGCAUUUGAUUUAAUUUCUUCCCUUUCUAUAGUCCUUGUCUCCUAUAUGCUCAUUAUUGUGGCCAUCCUUAGGAUGAACUCUUCUGAG